AUAUAUGUUGAUUUUUUUUAAUAUUUACGGUUUAGAAGCUGGGUUUGUAAUCCCGUCCAAACACCCAUAUAUGUCUUGUAAUUACUUUGUUUUUUAGGUUUGAAUCCGCAAAAGAGCAGUCCAAAAGCCCAAUACAGCAGAGUCUAUGAAAAUGGAGGAAGAAGACGAAGAGCCUCCACUUGCCAUCCAAAUCAACCAAACCCCCCUCUCCCACCACUCCACCGUCGGCGUCACCGUCAUCACCGGCUAUCUCGGCGCCGGAAAAUCCACCUUAGUUAACUAUAUAUUAAACACCCAACAUGGGAAGAGAAUUGCUGUGAUAUUAAACGAGUUUGGAGAGGAGAUUGGAGUGGAAAGGGCGAUGAUUAAUCAAGGAGAUGGUGGUGCACUUGUCGAAGAAUGGGUCGAGUUAGCUAAUGGCUGCAUCUGUUGUACUGUUAAACAUAGUCUUGUUCAAGCUUUGGAGCAGCUUGUUGACAGAAAAGAAAGACUUGAUCAUAUAUUGCUAGAAACCACUGGGUUGGCAAACCCUGCUCCUCUUGCAUCUGUUCUCUGGCUAGAUGAUCAGCUGGAAUCAGCAGUUAAGCUUGACUCUAUCAUCACUGUUGUAGAUGCCCAAAACCUUCGUUAUCAGCUCCAAAGAAAUAGUGACUCGUCCUCCUUUCCUGAAGCAUUUUUGCAAAUUGUUUUUGCGGAUGUUGUAAUUCUAAACAAGGUUGAUUUGGUCUCUCCAGAUGGUUCAGAAUGUGUUUUAGAUGAACUGGAGAAAGAGAUACAUACCAUUAAUUCUCUAGCUCAUAUAAUUCGGUCAGUCAGAUGUCAAGUUGAUUUGUCGAAUAUCUUAGACUGUCAUGCCUAUGAUGCUUCGCAUGCUACUCAUUUGGAAGCCCUAUUGGAAGAACAUAAAUCUCUAACCACCAAAGAUCUACAUGAUAGUGGUGUGAGAACCUUGUGCAUAUGUGAACCUCAUGAGAUUGACUUAGACAAGGUCCGUCUGUGGCUUGAGGAUAUUCUUUGGGAAAAAAAGUAUUGCAUGGAUGUCUACCGUUGUAAAGGUGUUUUGAGAAUUUCAAACUCAGAUCAGCUUCACACUCUUCAGGCUGUCAGGGAAAUAUAUGAGAUUGUUCCCGCACGCAACUGGAGGUCAGAAGAAAUUCAAAUGAACAAGAUAGUUUUCAUAGGUCAUUCACUGAAUGAGGAAAUUCUGCUUAAAUCGUUUAGAGACUGUACACUGGCAACUUCAUGAAUCUAGUUUUCUGCAUAGUUGCCAUGGUUCCGCAACUCUGUCUUUUGAUUUAGCAACAUAGUUUCUCCUUGUACUGGAUGGAAAGAUUGAAGAGGAAGUCUUUGUAGGAGAGGUUUUAUUACAAAUAGUAUAGAUGCAAAUCUACUUUGUAAUUGUUUUUAUAUAUUUCAAAUUUGUACAACGGUGUUGUUUUUACCCUUUUCUUGAGUUUCAGGGGAUAUUCCAUUUGAAUAUCAAGUUACCGAUAA